AUGCUCCCCCUCCCCAUUCUCCUCACCACCCUCCUGUGCGCCUUCAGCAGCACCGCACUCACCCUCCAACAUGAGCACGCAAAACAACUCCUCCCGCGCGCCGGCUCCCUGGAACAAAUCACCGACUUCGGCGACAACCCCACAAACGUAGGCAUGUACAUCUACGUGCCGAACAACCUGUCCUCAAACCCCGCGAUCAUCGUCGGCAUCCACUGGUGUUCGGGAACCGCACAGGCGUACUACACCGGUUCGCCGUACGCGACGUACGCCGAGCAGCACGGCUUCAUUGUCAUUUAUCCGGAUAGUCCGUAUGAGGGCGGAUGUUGGGAUGUUAGUUCGCAGGCGACGUUGACUAGGGAUGGUGGUGGGAAUAGUAAUUCGAUUGCGAAUAUGGUGAAGUGGGCGGUGGAGAAGUAUGAAGCUGAUGAAGAGAGGGUGUUUGUUACGGGGUUGAGUUCGGGGGCUAUGAUGACGAACGUCAUGGCAGCAACAUACCCCGACCUCUUCGCCGCCGGAAUCGUCUACGCCGGCGUCCCAGCCGGCUGCUUCCUCAGCACGGCAGACGAAAAGAACGCAUGGAACAGCACCUGCUCCCAGGGCAACUCAAUCACCACCCCCGAGCAUUGGGCCGCCAUCGCAAAAGCCAUGGACCCGGGAUACGACGGUCCGCGACCUAAGAUGCAGAUCUACCACGGCAGUCAGGACACGACGCUGUAUCCGCAGAACUACUACGAGACGUGUAAGCAGUGGGCGGGGGUGUUUGGGUACGAGUAUGAUAGUCCGGAGGAGACGAAGAAGGAUACGCCCUUGGCGAACUGGGCGUCGACGGUCUGGGGGGAGAAAUUGACGGGUGUGCUGGCCGGGGGUGUGGAUCAUGGGAUUCAGAUACAGGGGAAGGAGGAUAUGGUUUGGUUUGGGUUUACUUAG